CAACACACAGUGCUCCGCACAGGCUCCAACUACCUUCUAUUCUGGUGAUCAUAAUUAUUUGAUGACAGAGCUUCUGGUUUCUCAACCACGCUUUUGUACACACGAUCUAGCUGUGAAUAAUUUAGCGCGGGGAGCUAGAAAGGUGGUCCCUUAAAGCAGCAGGUACAGUCAAACUCAGGAGGCAGGACACACUGAGAGAGCUUUAUCUUUAUCUUUAUCUCGUCAUCCACCCACUCCUUACGCACAGCUCUUCAGUCGGGUUCUCAUCCACCCUGUAUUUCUAUCAAGCUGAAUUCAUAUUUCAUCCAUCCAUCCGUGCAUUCUUUCAUCACACCAGACACCACAGUGUUCAGCUGAUGUCAAUUCGCCCCAGGUAAGGACCUUCUUGGAUGGACUGACGCCCUCUCAGCACCCCCUCCUCAAUCAGCCACCAUGGAGGAACUCCAGAGAAAACUGGAUCAACGGUAUCCAGGCACCAAGCCCAGAAAGGUAAGGUUCAAGUUGGCGUCGUCCUACAGCGGUCGGGUGCUGAAGCACGUGUAUGAGGACGGCCAGGAGCUGGACAGUCCAGAGGAAAAAUACCCUCAUAGCUUCGUUCACCGCAAGAUCCCUCCCAGCCACCUGGAGGUGGAGCAGCUCUGUGGGUUUGAGGAUACUCAUGGGGACCAACAGGGUGUCUAUCCUCCAACAGGGCUCAUUGCCCAGAGAAUAAACGUGUACAGAGGAAUGGGAAGCUACAAGUCUGUUGCAGGCCUGACUGAGGAAUCAGAGGGAGAUGCCACAUCUUCAGUGUUGGACUUUGGCAAAAUAAUUAUCUACACCAGCAACCUGCGCAUCAUCAGAGCACCACCGAGGAAGCCCGAAGUUCUGCGGCACCACACAGUGCCUCCUGUGGACUUGGAGGGAUACCCAAAGGCCAAGGAGAGGGGGAGCAGGAGGAGGGCUAAAGCUCUUUGUACACAGGAUGGAGAGGAGAAGGAGAAGGAGGAGAAACAGAUCAGUGACACAGAGACCAAGGAGGCCGACAGCUGCCAGCAUUGUGGUGGUUCGGGCUGCGCUCCCUGCUCUCUGUGUCACGGUAGCAAGCUGUCCAUGCUGGCGAACCGCUUCAAUGAGUCCAUCAGUGAUCUGCGUUGCCAAGCCUGCUACCCCCAUGGUCUGGAGAGGUGCCAGUCCUGCUCCAGCAAAUAGCACUGUUUGGCUGACACCCAUGUCUGGCAGAGAGAAAGUGAGUGAGUGAAUGAGAGUGUGUAGCUGUGAGUGAGUGUAUGUCCGAUGUGCUAUCGGUUUGUCAGAAUUGUCUCAGCCGCAGUAUUGCUCUAAUCCAAAAUGUUCUUGGUGGGGUGUUUCGAGUCACUACUAGGAAACAUAAGCCAUCAUUGGAAAGGGGAAUUGUGACUGUGCAGCGGGCACAAAAUCAUAAAAUACAAUUACUGUGUGCAGUGAACAUGGCUUGCGAUAACACAAACACAUAAUCACUUUUUUGUUGUCACAUUAUUUAGCAUCUGCACGCUUCUUCCUGAUAAAACCGGGUUCCACGACAGAGUUAUCAUUUUAAUUAAAAUGAUGCAAACAUUUUCCGUUUUAUUUCAUACUGGGAAGGCUGCCCUGUUCCUAUCUCCACUCUCUAUUCAACAGAAAGAAUAAAGCCUUUUAUAUCCCAACAUGAUGUACUGUAUGAGGGUAAUUGAUGCUUUCAUUUUCGUUCAGGAAAAAAGAUACUUGAAGAUAGAGAGUUUGGGAUAUAAAGACAGGAAAAGGAAAAAAUGUGAGUGAGAAAUAAGACAAACGGUCCAUUAUUAAAGUGCACUCUACCCAUCAAAAUGCGAAAUGCACUGUAAUAUGAUGACACAGAAGUGGUGUUAGCAGCAUUAUGAACUCAAGCUGACCACAGCUACUGUUGUUAUUCAGGAAAGAAGUCACUAACUUUUUAAA